AUGAGAAAACCUCUCUUUGCCCACAUCCCUUCUAGGUAGGACCACGAGGAAUCCUUUAAUUUGACAAAUAACCAAUGAGAAUUCAGGGGUUAGGAUGAACUUUAAAAUUUCAGCCAAUAAACACUGAGAUAAGCCCAACUUCUGGGUCCCAAAAAGCGAAAUUGCAAGUUUGAAACCCCCUCUAGCUAGCCACCAAAAAGCGCAUGGGCUACAGAGUCCAGACUCUCACAGCAUCCCACUGCAGGUGAAAAACCAAAAGCUUUAGGGUGGGUCCCUUAAAAACAUACCUCUCAACCGCAAUUAUCGAACCAUAGGCUCCUCAAGGUACCCCGAUAUUCCCUUCUAAAGACACUCUGCCUUUUCAGCUUGUUUCUUUUGUUUGAGCAUAGGUAAGUACUAACUUUAGCUAGACCUGUUUAAUCCUUGUAGCAACUUAAGAGUAGCACUUAUUUUUCUUUCCAUCCGAUGAUCACUGACAAGAAAGCGGCAAAUGCCCUGGGAGGUAAGACGGCUAGAGCCUGUGAUGGUUGUCUUAGAAAGCGUGCACGUUGGUAGUGCUGCUGAGGAUGCCUUUCUUUGCCAAGGUUGUAAUACAUCGGUCCACUCAGCUAAUCAGUUAGCCAGCAGACAUGAAAAGUUUAGGCUUGAAACUACAUCUUCUAAGUUCAGUGCUUCGGUGAUGAACAUGAGUACUACUAACCAAGAUGCUCCACCGGCAUGGCACCAAGGUUUCACUCAAAAGGCAAGAACACCAAGGCAAAACAAGUCCAUGUUGGGUCAACAAAAAGAUGAGGGAAAGGUAUUGAAUGUGAAUCCUCUUGCUCCUCUUGUUCCUGAGAUUGGUAGCGAAGACGGGUCGGUUGAUGAGAACGAUGAGCAGCUGCUUUGCAAAGUUCCGGUAUUCGAUCCUUUUGCUGCAGAACUUUGUAAUAUAGUAACAAGUGAUGGUGAUGAAGCUUCUAUGGUAAAUGAAGAUGGAAAUUUAGUAGUUGGUGGUUAUGAACGUGAUGGAACAAGCGAGUUGGACGAUGGUUUACAUGGUCUUUUACCAUUAGAUAUGGAUUUGGCUGAGUUUGCUGCUGAUGUUGAGAGCUUACUAGGAGUUGUACUUGAUGAGGAUACGUGUGAAAUCAAAGGAAUUGAAUUUUUAGAAGUAAAAGAUGAAGAAGAAGAGGAGGAAGGUAUAGCUGCUUGUUGCUUUGAUUCUGCUUUUGAUGUGACAAUAGAAUCACCUACGAUUGGUGAGGAAGAGAAGAAGGUGGUUCCUAUGGCAGAGACAAUAAUAAUGAAUGGUGAAAGUAAGGCGGAGAUUAAGAAGAACAUGUUGCUGAGGCUGGAUUAUGAGUCCGUCAUCAAUGCUUGGGCCAGCCGAGGCUGUCCUUGGACGAUAGGAAGCCGACCAGAAUUCAAUCCUGAUGACUUCAUGGGAUCAAAUCCUAAAGGGGGACAUCACCUGAAUGGAGGCAUAGGGGGAAUAAUAUACAGCCAGGCAAGAGGGAAUAAUACAGAUGGAGAAAGAGAAGCAAGGGUAUCAAGGUACAGAGAGAAGCGAACAACCAGACUGUUUGCGAGGAAGAUAAGGUAUGAAGUGAGGAAGCUGAAUGCGGAGAAAAGGCCUAGAAUGAAAGGCAGGUUCGUUAAGAAGGCAUCCUUUAUGGGGACUGCUUUUCCUUAGAUCAGUUAAUAACUGCCAAAUCUUGCUGUUUAUUUCUUUACAAGAAGAGGCAGGAGUAGCUUAGCCAAUUAUAGCCAUACUAUAUUGGCUAAGCUUUAACUUAAUAAAUCGAUUGGGGCAGUUCUAGUUAAACUGUUAGACCUCUCUCUCUUUUUGUUUGGUAUUUGAGAUUGUCAAGAAUCUUGGUCGCUAAAACUAAGAAUUCAACGAUCUACCAGUUCUUUUUAAUGUCCUUUAACGGUUAAA